AUGGCAGUAGCCGGCCAGAAACGCAAGCGGACGGCGAGCGAGAACAUCCUACCCACGCCUCAAGCCCAACAUCCCUAUCUCAGUGGCAACUUUGCUCCCAUCCAGCAGACACUCCCGCUCACGAAAUGUCAGUACACUGGAAGGAUACCGGAAGAGCUAGCAGACGGCGAGUACGUACGAAACGGCAGCAAUCCCGUCUCGAAUGAGGAUUUGGGAAGGGAUGCACAUUGGUUUGAUGGCGAUGGCAUGCUCUCUGGAGUGUCCUUCACCAAGAACAAGACGAAUGGGGAUAUGACACCGGAGUUCGUGAACCAAUUCGUGCUCACCGAUCUCUACCUGAGUACGCUGUCGUCGCCCGAGCUGAAGGUGCCGAUACUGCCAUCGAUAGCUACGUUGGUCAAUCCAUUGGCAAGCUUCAUAUGGACCACAAUACGCAUCUUGAGGACAAUACUGCUGGUCAUACUGUCCCACUUACCCGGCUCUAAACAAUCAAUCAAGAAGAUUAGCGUGGCGAACACCAAUGUCCUCUUCCACGAUGGAAGAGCAUUGGCGACUUGCGAGAGUGGGCCACCUAUGAGGAUACAGCUGCCAAGCUUGGAGACUGUUGGCUGGUACAACGGUGCCUCUGCCGAAGGCGAACCCAAGAAAGAGGAUGCUGUAAAGGAGAAGGUCCUGGGCGAGGAGGGAGGUCUGCUAGGCUUUAUGCGCGAGUGGUCGACGGCACAUCCAAAGGUCGAUCCGCGCACCAAGGAGAUGCUAAUGUACCAUGCCUGCUUCGCACCGCCCUACGUCCAAUACAGUGUGAUUCCCCAGUCCACAGAAUCGCCGGGAGACCCAACAGGAACUUCGCGGAGCAAGUUGCUCAACGUGGGAGUCCCAGGCGUCUCGGGCGCGAAGAUGAUGCAUGACUUUGGCGUGUCCUCCUCGCACACGGUCAUCAUGGAUCUGCCGCUGUCUUUAGACCCACUGAAUCAAUUGAAAGGCCAACCCACCGUCUCAUACGACCCCACCAAGCCGUCACGUUUUGGCAUCUUUCCACGCCGAGACCCUUCCAAGAUGCAAUGGUUCGAGACAGAUGCCUGUUGCAUCUUUCAUACCGCCAACACUUGGGAUGACGUGGAUGUGCGCGGCUCAGCUACCGCGGUGAACAUGUUAGCAUGCCGACUGACCUCCGCCACCAUGAUCUUUGCUACGGGAAACAUCGCACCCCCUGUGGAAACCAGGAAGAAAGCCGUCGCCACCGUGAAGAAGCGUAUGCCUUUCUUCUCAAAGUACGACGACGACAUUGACCAGACAUACUACGAGCAAGAGCAAUCAGUGUUUUCUGAUUCGCCAACGGAGGAAAAGGAAGCGCUUCUUCACAUCGCCUCAGCGAAGCCAGACGAGUAUUUUGAUGACUUGUUCAAUGAGGAGCAAUGUCGCCUGUACUACUACCACUUCGAUUUGCCCAGUCAAAGCAUCAUGCAUCAGUGGGCUCUGUCUGUGAUCCCUCUGGAGUUUCCCUCAGUUAGGCCUGACGUGGAGAUGCAAGAGGCGAGGUACAUCUACGGCUGCAGCACAACCACAACCGACUUCGGCUCUGCACUGGGAAAGGCAACAAAGAUUGAUGCUCUUGCCAAGGUCGAUGCAAAGACUCUGAUAGCUCGUGGUUGUGCAAGUCCGCCUCGCAGUGUAACUGGGGUUGUUGACACCCGCAGUGUCUGCCAAAUUCUCGACAGCACUGAUCCAAACGACGCAAUUCAAGUUUUCCGCAUGCCGGACGGCUGGUAUGCGCAAGAACCUCGAUUCGUUGCCGCUAACAGCAAUCGCUCGGAAGAUGACGGAUAUCUCCUUUUCUAUGCCUUUGACGAGUCGCAGUUGGAUGACGGCGGCAACGUUCCACCGGACACUGAUAGGAAUACCCGCGCUAAGUCAGAACUCUGGGUAAUCGACGCAAAGAACAUGACGGAUAUUGUUGCACGCGUACACCUACCUCAAAGAGUCCCGUAUGGUCUGCAUGGCACAUGGUUCUCAGCGGAGCAAAUCCGGAACCAGCGGGCCAUCGAUUCAAUCAGAAAUACUGCCAAGGCGAUGGAAGCCAAGGGUGAUGGUUGGUGGAUGAGGACGAGGGGUUGGAUCGAAGGCGUAUUGCGGUAA